AAAAUGUUUAACAACUUUUAUUUUGAAAAAAUCAGACGUGGACAUCCUCUCUCCUGUUCUGAUUGGAACCCAGAACCGUGAACAGGAUUACGUAAGUACUUUUAUUUCAUUCUUAUGAAUGAUCCACACACAUGUGUGGCCUUCAGGUACAUCUGGGAAAAAAACACUUGCUGAUAAAAUAUCUAAAGCAAAUAUUGAAACAACAACAAAGCAGAACAUCAGAAAAUUUUUUGAGCAAACAUGAAAACUGACUUUCUGCCUGUUUUGUUUGUCACAUGUGGUUCAGUCGCCCGGAGCUGUCAGCAAACCCAACGCUCCCAACGCAUCGUCACCCUUAAACAAAACGUCUGCAACAUGCUGUCACUUCUCUCCAGACUCUUCCAGCUGUGAGCAUUUUCCAGCCUAAAAUGAUAAAAAGUUAAUGCAUUAUGAAAAAAAGAGUUUAAAUUUGCAUAUGAUUUUAACAUUUUCCAUCUGAAUGAGAAACAAUACUGUAGACUUUACAGUUCAUCAGAAGUGAGAUGCUAAUGUUUCCAACUUCCUGUUUCUCAAAGCCCUCACCUAGAUAACAAAAGCAGGAUCUGAAACAUUAUGCUGCAAGUAGAGGCAAGUAUAGAGCUGAGAAAGCCUCUACACCACAUGGGUGUGACCAACCACGCAGCGACUACCUGAAAGAAGGCGGUUCUAAUGAAUUACACAAAUCACUGCUUGUCCGGUUUCGGAAGCAGACCUCUGCUGAAGAAUUGCAUGACGAGCAAAUGAAAGCCUUCGUAAAUCAGGUGGGAAACUGUAAUUGUAACACCUGCAAUGCCAAGUUUAGGAUUAAAGAAGAAGGACAAUCUGUCCAGGACAGAAGACCCCACCAGACGCUUUCCUCAGCUGAGCAAUGAAAUGCAGCUGAGCAUCAUGAAAAAGGUCAAGAAUGGAGAAAUGUCCAUCGAGGCUGCUUUGGAUGAGGCCAGAAAAGAGCGGGAGCAGCUCUGCAAAGAGCAGCCGCCCCCACAGUAUAACUUCAGUGUUCAUAAGCACAGCCGCUACAGGUGGCAGAAGCGAGUUCUUCAGAUUGAUUUCAAGACCAAGAUGCUGUGCAGCAUAGAGAGAGGCAUCAUCAAGCGCCAACUUCCAUUCUCUGUUGUCAAGAGUUGUGAUGAUGGAGUCGGCUCCAGGUUCUCCAUUUCCUUUAAAGGACAUCACGAUUAUGAGUUGGAGGCCACCUCGAUGGAAGACAAACAUAAGAUGAUGGAGUUGGUGAAUCAGAUCAUUUAUGGCAACAUAUACAGCGAACCUGCAGACAACAGUGCAGCGAGAGAUGUGAAGCCUCAAGCCCCCCAGAGCCUUUGUGAAGGCAUCUUGUUACUGCACCGAGGAGGCCUGGCAUCAUUAAAAUGGGUGAAAUACCAGGUCCAGUUGCACCCCGGCCAGCUGACCAUGGUUCCAUUCAGGCAGCGACGAUCCUCAGAUGGUGACGUUAUAUCCUCGGAUCCAUUUUCCACCGUGAUUCAUCUGUCGGAUGGUGGCACCAGUGUGCAGAAACCAAAUGAACCUGACAUGUUUACCCUGGUCACCCACAAGAAUAAGUACCAGUUCAAGGUUCCUGCACCAGAUGAAGGUCCUGGCUCUGUGCAGAAGGAGCGGGAUGCCUGGGUCCAGGCACUUGACAAUCUGUGUUCAGAGUGGAAGAGAAAGUCCCGGUGUGAAUACGGGCUUGCAGAAACCAUGCCCGUAAAAUCUGCCAGCACGACCGAAGACUCCAAUGAGAACAACACAGGGCUUGACUCUAGUGGUGAAUUUGGGGGAAGCAUCUUUUAUGCUCUUGCUUCAAAUAGAGAAGAUGGUUCAUCAGCAGAUGAUGCAAGUCAAAACAAUCCCUCAUCUGAGACUAAGCCCUUCCCGAAACGUUGUUCCAACACUGCUCCCCAUGCUGGAUCUGAUGACUCACCCACACCACCUAUCCAAUCCCCAACUUCUCCCUCUAAAAGCUCACCGUCACCCUCCUUCCCUCCACCCUUACCACUAGCAGGCUCUUCUUUGAUCCCAGAGCCUCAAGAAUCGGGUUUUUCAGCCAUGAACGUGCCUCCACCCCCAAACAUCCCAGCUCCUCCACCCAUACCCAUGAAACUGAGAAACAGUUUAAAAAAAUUACGCACAAAAGCUUUCCAUUGGGACCUCAUCAGCUCCGAGAAGAUUACAAAAUCCUUUUGGAUUCCAGAAAAACCCAGCAGGAUUGAAAUCAACACGAUCCGUUUGUUGGAACAGUUUGCUGUUAAAGAUAUCGGGGCACUUGGUGUGGUGGAGCAGAGCAGUUCUCAGCACAUAUUGCUCAACCCAAAGAUCGCACACAACUUCAACAUUUUCCUCAAAAGUUUCCCUGUGAAACCAGAGGAGCUGAAGGACAAACUGUUUAUUAUUAAUGAGGAAGAUGGAGGUCUGUCUGAUGAGCACAUCACCUCCCUGAGAAGGUAUGUUCCUACUAUGGAUGAUGUGGAAAUGUACAAAUCCCACAAGGGAGCUGUUACAGAGCUGCAUAUCGUGGAUCGAUACAUGAUGGAGAUGUGCAACAUCCCAUACCUGAGCAUGCAGCUUGACCUGCUUCUGGCUCUGAGAGAGCUUCCAAUCAGCAUGAGUGACCUGCAGCCUCUGAUUAACCAGAAAGUCAGACUGUGCCAGCAGCUGUACAACAGCAGGUCAUUUGUUUCUGUGCUGGAGUACCUCCUCGCCAUGGGCAAUUACCUGAAUGAGAACGCCGGAAAGGAAAAGGCCAAGGGAUUCCGCCUCUCAUCCUUAACCAAACUCUCCCAGCUGCGAGGGAGCGACAAGAACUUCACCUUGCUCCAUGCCCUUGUGGAGCAGAUCAUGUUGCACCAACCGGGUCUGGCUGUUUUUACAGAGGAGUUGGCGGAAUUCGAAACGAUCCCAGGAGCUUCCAUCAAAGGCUUAACCGCAGAAGUGGACGUGCUGAAGAAUGAACUGCAGAAAAUUGUUCAGUCUGGAAAAACCUUUAAGAAAAAAAACAUUGCUGCUAAUCACCCACACUUCUCUAAAGAUCUGAAGAUGGCAAUUGAGAAAUACAACACGGAUCAGAAUUGUCUGAUGAAGACAUGCGAGGAGAUGAAGAAACUCUAUUCUGUUAUACUGGUUAAAUUUGGAGAACCAGCGGACCAAGACUCACAGGAGUUCUUCGGUUUGAUCAGUCAGUUCGUCCUGGACUUCAGAAGGGCUCAUGCUGAGAUGGUUUAAGUUUUCCUGUGUGCAGAAAAAGACUCAAGUUUUUUUUUAUUUUCAUCAUACUGACAAAUGGAUCCUUUUAAGGAGGGGGGGGUCUCAGCUUUAUGGAAUGACUGAAAACAUCUGGCUCAGGACUGACCUCUGCCAGUCCGACCAGGUGUGUUCCGGUUCUGACAAACAUGAGUAAAAGCGCAGCUUUAGGGGGUCUAACAAAGAUCAAACAUACAAAAGGCAGGGCUGGUUAAAUUGAAAUUCCAUCAGCAUUUUUGUUUUACUGUUAAAAGAAAUUUCUUGUGCAAUCAUGAUUUGAAAGGCUCUGUGCCUGGUGAUUGCAAAAGAUGCUCUGUAAUCACGCAUUAGGCAUCAACAGUUAUUAGUGCAAGUCACAUACUCUGUAUGUGUCAGUUUGUGGAAGAAUUCUGGAGAAACUGGAGUUUUACCAGAUUUUUCCACACGUUUCAUUCAUCAAAUGAGAACAUUUAACAGUUCAGAGAGAAAACAGUAAAGGACCAAGCUCUUACGAUGUGUCAAGUGUAUUUUUAAAGUAAGUGAGCGACCUCUGUCCAGAAGGUGCUUUGUUGUCCUGGUCCAUAUACGACAUAUCUGUAUUAUAUCCCUGAAGGUUUGGAGUGAUGUGAAACUGUCUGGGGUUCAGAUUCAAAGCUGCAAUGUAAGAUAAACCGAAACCUGAAACCUCUUCCUCUGUUUAAAGCAGAAAUCAAGAGUUUUGCUCUCAGAGGGCACCAUCUACUGCUGGAAAAAUGUAAUGCUCCGUAAACCUUUCUCUCUGCUUCUGAGGUUCUGACAGGAGUCAGCGCCUUUCAUUCGUCAGCGCGCUCCUCUAGCCGGCCAACAGAGCUAAAAUUCAUUAGAAGAACUUUAAUCGGAUUAAAAAAAUAUCCACAACAGGGUAAGAAUAUCACCUUUACAGAUUUAUAAGACAUCAAAAAUCCUCUCUGAGAGGGGAAAACUCCAGGUUGCUGCUUUAUUGCUGUUGGUUUCUCUUUUGGGGAUGCUAUUUGAUUCAGGAUGAAGUGUAACAGAACAACAAACAUGCUUUAUUAUUGUUUAUAAGACUGGAUCCAAGUCAACAUGACACAGAUUCUCUUCAAAACCUGCUGACUCUGAUUUUUCUAGCUAGUUACACUUCAACAUAAUCAAGUCAAAAACAUCAUCGGUGGUAUCUGAAGAUUAUUGUUGUUAUUGUUGUUUUUGUAACAAUCAAUGUUGUUGACUGCGUGUAAAUCAGUUCUGAAAAUAUUAAAUUAAUUUUUAACUGUCACAGAUUUAUCUGAAUAGCAUAAAUCUGAGUUUAUUGA